GAGCCUUGCAGCAGGGCGUGGGCUCCUUCCCUGCAGCAUCAGGACCAGCCCGAGCAUCCUCCAGAGACCGAGGGAUGCAGGCGCCAGGAAUAGCCCUGGCUCGGAGAUGCCCUGCAGAUGGGCGGACGAGCUGACGGACAGACAGACGGACAGACAGACGGACAGGAGGGCCAUCCCUGGGAGAUCGGAGCCUGACGCCUGCAAGAUCCAAGGAGAGCGAAGCCUUGGUCUGGAACGCAAUGGCUGAGAGCAACCACGUCUUUCCGGGUGAAGGCUUUGGUCCGUGGGCUCGUCUGGAAGGGACCCCCAAGGGCCAUCCAGUCUAAUCCUUCUUCCAUGCAGGAGGACACCAUCAAAGCCCUCCUGACAGAUGGCCAUCCUGCUUCUGCUUAAAAACUUCCAGACGAGACUCUAGCAGACUCUAAGGCAACCUAUAUUGCACUAGAGUUGGGCCAUCCAGUCCGACCCUUCUGCAAUGCAGGAGGACACCAUCAAAGCCCUCCCAAUAGAUGGCCAUCCAACCUCAGUCCUUGAGGAUCUGGGCUAAAACUUGAGACCUUUUCAGCGAAGUGAUAGAAGCCUCAAGUGGCUCCCUCUGCCCGCCUCUUCUUCUGGGGCAGCGUCAUGCCCUCUCGCAGCGACUCCAGCUACUCACUGACCGCGCGCACGUCCCACAGCUUCACCCACCUGCGCGUCCGCCGCGCCUGGCUCCAGAUCAUCCUCCUCUUGGGCUUCAUCCAGAUGGUCCUGGGGGUCCUCAUUGUGACCCUCAGCCUCCUGGUGACCACCACCGUCGCCCCGCAGAACAGCCUCCGAAGCUCGUGCCCCAUCUGGGCUGGCUUUCCGCUGGCAUUCUCCGGAGUUGUUGGCAUCGUUUCUUGGAGACGCCCUUUCACCUCCGUGAUCACCUUCUUCACGCUCCUCUCGGUCCUGGGGAUCAUGCUGAGCCUGGCGGGCUCCAUCCUCUCCUGCCGACACGCCCAGCAGGUCAAGGAGCAGGAGGUCUGCGAGCGGCUCAAGCACCAGGAGAGCUUCCGUCCGCAGGAGAACCACCGCCUGGACCCUCUGGGGAGACACCACGGCGGCGCCGUCUCCCAGCUGAACGUGGGCACGAACAGGAACCGUUUUGCGCAGGUGUUCCCCCCAACUGAGCAAAACAAGCAGUGCAAUUCCGAAGCGAUCUGCAGAAACAGCCCAGACCGGGUUCCCGACUGUUCUCGGCUCCUCUUGGUCAUCAAGGAUCUACUCUUCAGUGUUUGCGGCCUGACUAUUUUCGCUAUCGUGGUGUGCACCCUUUCGGCCAUCACAUGUUGCAUCCAGAUCUUUUCUGUGGACAUCCUCCAUGUGCUUUCUCCUCCGCGUUCCAGCUCUGUGACGUUGGACUGCACCUCUCCUCCAGACACGUUCUUGCCGCACAUGCUGGACCUGGAUGAAUUUGUGCCCCCGGUGCCCCCUCCUCCGUAUUAUCCGCCAGAAUAUACCUGCAGUUCUGAGACAGAUGCCCAAAGCAUCACCUACAAUGGCUCCAUGGACAGCCCCGUGCCGCUCUACCCGACCGACUUCCCCCCCAGUUACGAAGCAGUCAUGGGACUCCACGGGGAUAGCCAGGUGACGCUCUUUGACUCGCAGUUCACGGAUACCUCGCACGGCCCUUGCUCCUGCAACCGUAUCCCUUCCGUCGUGCUCAGCGGUGAAGCGGUUUCCGUGGGCAGCGGCUCCCUCCUGAUGUCCGAGAUCGUGGACAUCCCCGGCGAAAGCAGCCCGUCGGAAGACUCCUGCUUGCUGGAAGGCAGUGGCUCCGCCUGUUCCGUGGACUACGUCUUGUUCCGCUCCAUCCAGCGCAGCCGGGCUGAUUACUGCCUGAGCGUGGACUGCGGCCAGUGUGGCCUGCACCCCCAGGGCCCCUUCGAGGAGAGCCCCCAGGCCCGGCUCCGCGGGGAACGCUCCUACUCCUGCUCCACGCCUGGAACAGGCAACUACGAGGGCUUGCUUGACGUCGGCGGUGCCCUGACGCACAGUUGCCACCGCCUGGAAGGGCUGGGCCACAGCAUAGGGCCCUGCUUCCCUGAAGUGCGGGUCAAAGCCAAGACCUCUCUAGCCGGGCGCAAAGGUGCCGGGAGACAGCGACGGAGUAGUGAGGCCUCGUACCGCCUGCCUUCGGUCCAGUGUCCCUUGGUGCGCUCCCACAGCGACCCUGGGAUUGCCAUGAACAGCGACGCAGAAGGUGACUUCCAGGAGGUGUUCUGCACCAAGGUCUCAGAGGACAACAGGCCCACCUCUUCAGCAGAUACAGGACCUUCUCCAGAGUCUUGCCGUUUGUACCUGUCCCUCCAUGGACUGGCUUCUCAAGCUCACCUGGCGGGGAAGGCCAAGGUGGACGUGCCACGGAAAGGGCCACUUCAUCUUCCCAAGGCGGCCACCCGCUCCCUGGGAGACCUGAAGGCCUGCCGUGGCACCCGGGGCCUCAUGGCCCGCUUCCUGCGCAGAUCCAAGCGCAACCUGGCCCACGCUGGGCUGGACACGGCUCCUCGCAGUGGCACGCAGGGCCGCAAGCAGGUUUCCCGGCACUCGUCUCCGGAGGGGAUCCACCUUCAGAGCUGUGGGGAUCUCAGCUCUACCUCAUCCUUGCGCCGCUUGUUCUCAGGCCGGCGGCUGGAGCGGAGGCGGCCCCGCAGCCUGAGCGGACUGGCCAGAGAGAGCAACUUGUGAGGUCCCGUGGUGUGGUGGGCCCAUCCGUCCCGCACUCCUCCCUUCGUGGCCUUUGCACAUGGACCAACCGGAUGCCGGGAAAAAGCGGACCGGAGGGAGGCGUCCUUGAGAUCUAGCCAGAGUGGAAACAUGUGCGGUGCGCAUGUGUGUAUGUGUAUGCAUGUGGGAGCCGCUCUUCUGAAUUAUGCAACGGCGACGCCGGCAAACUGUGGAAACAACUUUCCAAAACCAAAGGACGUUUUCUCAACCAAACCCACAGAAACCCAGUGAUUCCGGAGCACGUCCGAGGUGGCUUCUCUCGCACUCACACCAUGCACGCUUAAGAAGGGGGUUGCUUUCCCCACCCCAAUGCUUCCCACCCAUUGGUUCUGGCUCUGCAACCAUGCCAGCAAAGCACUGGCUCGUCCCACUUGUGGGCCUCUUUCGCAUUGCAUCAGUGUUUCUCAACCUGGGAGUCGCGGCCCCAUCAGAAAACACAUAUUUCUUAGGGUCUUAGAAGGCUGAAGAUUUCUCUGCCUGUCCUUUGGCCCAAUUCUGUCCUUGGUGGGGUUCAAGGUGCUCUCUGAUUGUAGGUGAACUAUAAAUCCCAGCAACCACCACUCCCAAAUGUCAAGGUCUUAUUUCCCCCAAACUCCACCAGUGUCCACAUUUGGGCAGAUUGAGUAUUGGUGCCAAGUUUGGUCCAGAUCCAUCAUUGUUUGAGUAUUUGGAGGUAGGUAAACUCCAACUCCCAGGUCCAUGCCCACCAAACCCUUCCAGUAUUUUCUCUUGGCUGUAGGAGUUCUGUGUGCCAAGUUUGGUUCAAUUCCAUCGUUGGUGGAGCUCAGAGUGCUCUUUGAUUGUAGGUGAACUAUAAAUCCCAGCAACUACAACUCCCAAAUCACAAAAUCAAUCCCUUCCCAACCCCACCAGUAUUCAAAUUGGGGUGUAUUGAAUAUUUGUGCCAAAUUUGGUCCAGUGGAUGAAAAUACAUCCUGCAUAUCGGAUAUUUACGAUUUGCGAUUCGGAUAUUUAUCGGAUAUUUAUGAUUCACGAUUCGGAUAUUUAUCGGAUAUUUACGAUUCGUGAUUUGGAUGUUUAUCGGAUAUUUACGAUUCGCGAUUCGGAUAUUCAUCGGAUAUUUACAAUUUGCAAUUUGGAUAUUUAUUGGAUAUUUACGAUUCACAAUUCGGAUAUUUAUCGGAUAUUUAUGAUUAACGAUUCGGAUAUUUAUCGGAUAUUUAUGAUUCGCAAUUCAGAUAUUUAUCAGAUUUUUAUGAUUCGCAAUUCGGAUAUUCAUUGGAUAUUUACAAUUUGCAAUUCGGAUAUUUAUCGGAUAAUUACGAUUCACGAUUCGGAUAUUUAUUGGAUAUUUACGAUUCGCAAUUCGGAUAUUUAUCGGAUAUUUAUGAUUUGCGAUUCGGAUAUUUAUCGGAUAUUUACUGCAAUUCGGAUAUUUAUCAGAUAUUUGUGAUUCGGAUGUUUAUCGGAUAUUUACAAUUUGUGAUUCAUAACAGUAGCAAAAUGGCAGUGAUGAAGUCACAACUAAAAUCAUAUUAUGGUCGGGGGGGGGGGUCACCACCAUAUGAGGAACACGUAUUAAAGGGUCGCAACAUCAAAAAGGUUGAGAAACACUGCAUCACAUAAUAAUAGCACCUGGAGGUCCCAGGCUCUGUCAUAUCAGACUCUGGGAUUUGCAGUUUGUUGAUCUUGGGUAGGGGAUCCCACGUCCUUCACGGAACCACAAAUCCCAGGAUUUUGCAAAAAUCUAUUUACAUGUCAUCGUUGUGUCUAUAGCAAUGUGCUGCCAUGCUCACCUGGAUAACCAGGUACGGGCAAAGGUGACUGGGGCAAGCUCUUGUAUGGAGCGUCUAAUGGACAUGGCAUCAUCAACAGUCAACCCUAUGAUCCCAACCAAGAGAUGGACCAGUGAUUCCCAAAGUGGGCGCUACCGCCCCCUGGUGGGUGCUGGAGCAAUCCAGGGGGGCGGUGAUGGCACCUAUUAGGACACAGGGGCGGGGCCAAAGGAGGGGCGGGGCCUCUUUCCAAGUGCCAGAGACAAGGUUGAGCACCUGAGGCACCUGUUAGGACACAGGGGGCGGAGCUAGAGGAGUGGGCGUGGCUUCUUCCCAAGAGCCCAAGACAGGGCUGAGCCUCUAUACCUCUCCUGAGGCACUUGUUGGGACACGGGGCAGGGCCUCCUUCCAAGAGCCUGAGACAGGGCUGAGCCUCUAUAUCUCUCCUGAGAAGACUUUUAGGAUUAAAGGGUGGGGCUAGGUGUGGGGGCGGGGCCUCUCCCCAAGAGCAUGAGACAGGGCUGAGCCUCUACCUCUCCUGAGAGGCCUUUUAGGACUAAAGGGCGGGGCUAGGGGUAGGGGCGUGGCCUCUUCCUAAGAGUCUCUGUAUCCCUCCCCUGAGGCGCUUGUUAGAACAUGGGGGCGAGGUAUAGAGGUUCAGCCCCGUCAGGCACUUGGGAAGAGGCCCCGCCCCCACCUCUAGCCCCUCCCCCUGUGUCCAGGACAGGGAUAGAAGCUCAGCCCUGCCUCAGAGCUCGUAACUCCGCCCAUGCCAGUCCUGGCCGCCCACUUGUGGCCCCGCCCACUUCCUUCGUAGUCCUGCAUCUGGGACUAGGGGAGAGGCUCAGCCCCGCCCUCUUGAGCAGGAGCCACACCCAUCCCUCUAAGCCAUGCCCCCCUUUCCAGGGGGCGCUGGGUCAUAUUUUUUCCGGAAAGGGUGUGUUAGGCCAAAUAAGUUUGGGAACCACUGAGAUGGACCAUCCCUACCUCCAUCUUUGCCUCCACCUGCUCCUCCAUCACCUCAUCCCUUGUUUCCAUCACCCAAUAUGCAACUGGCAACCUUCUGCACUUGUUUCUUGAUACCUCACUUGAGCUGUGCCUUUGGUUGGCUGCUUCCUCUGAUAGAGCUUGGACUCGUUGGAUGCUUUUGAGGUUUCUCUGGAAGCCAGAUGAAUGAGUCAGGACCUUCAGAAGGGUCAUCAGAUAGAUCCCUCUGACAUCUGGAGAGCGUUGGUCGAUGCGAAGGACUCGUCACGCACCAUCCCAGUUUCCUCAGGAUCCUACUCGACUUUCUUCUCCUUCCCGGAGCGGAGACGCAGAGCGUGCCCUCCUCUUCCUUGGAGGAACACAUGGAGGGUCCUAGGACUGUGGUCAACUCGAAAUAAUUUAGAUUUCUACUUGGCGAGACACUGAAGCGAAUGGCCUGAGAUACACAAAUACUUACCUGAGGAAAAAAACAAAUAAAGCCAUAUCUAUACACUCUG